AUGACUCCAGAGCAGACUUCUGUCAUAAGUCAAACAAUCCCUGUCCUGCAACAGUACGGUGAGAAGAUCACAAAGGUAUUUUACAGUAACAUGCUUGCCGCUCACCCAGAGCUUAACAGCGUGUUCAACGUGACAAACCAGAAAUCUGGAUAUCAGGCCAGAGUUCUUGCGGAGGCCCUCUACGCCUACGCACUGAAUAUCAACAACCUGGAAGCACUCACGCCCAUGCUUGAGCUGGUUUGCCACAGACAUGCAUCACUGGAAAUUACACCGGGUCAGUACGAUAUCGUCGGGAAAUACCUAAUCGAGGCGAUGCAAGAGGUUUUGGGAGAUGCCUUUACACCAGGCAUCCGAGAUGCGUGGACUGCUGCUUAUGGCGCACUUGCCGGAAUCAUGAUUCAAAAAGAACGCUCGCUUUAUGAUCAGGAUGGCGAAUGGAAGGACUGGAGAGACUUUCGUAUCGUCAAGAUCGCGCGCGAAUCCGAUGAGAUCUCCUCAUUCUAUCUUUCUCCUGUCGACGGCAAACCCCUCCCAGCUUUUAUACCCGGCCAGUACGUCUCGGUGCGUGUCUAUAUUCCUGAAAUAGGAUACAUGCAGGCACGGCAAUACUCAAUGAGUGAUAUCCCCUCGUCUGAGUAUUACCGGAUUAGCGUGAAGCAAGAGCAGGGUCAGCGUUUCGCGCCUGGUGUGCUUUCAAAUGUUCUUCACGGGCUCAAGGAGCCUGGCCAAGUCGUAAACGUUUCUCAUCCUCGAGGUAACUUCCACUUGGACAGUGUCAGUGGAAGUUCACCAAUUGUUCUCAUUGCUGGCGGUGUUGGUAUUACGCCAUUGGUAUCCAUGUCGAAGUUUCUCUCGUCCAGCUCAUCCGCAACGAAGCGUCCUGUUCACCUCAUUUACGCCGCGAGAACUACGACUGCUCGGGCUUUUUACGAAGAAAUCAUGGAGAUCAGUCGCGCAAACACCAACUUCAAUGCAACGUUCUUCAUCGAAGCCCCUGAAGCAAGCGACAAAGCUGGUACCGAUUACCAUCAUAUUGGUCGGCUUAACCUGCAACGUCUCCACACGCAUCGGGAUCUCUUCUUGAAUGAGGCGCAUACGAAAUACUACAUAUGCGGACCGUCCCCAUUUCUGGACGCAGUUAGGCGCUCCUUGACCAGCGAAGGAGUAGAUUCAUCCAGGAUCAAGGCGGAGCUUUUUGGCGUAGGUGGCUUCGUUGAAUCAAAGCCCCAGACACAUUUGUAA